GAAGCUGGCAUAGUACUUCUUAGCCAUCUGCCAUGGCCAGGGGACUGCCCAGCACCGCCAGCCUGGCACGCUUCUGCCAGAAGCUGAACCGUCUGAAGCCACUGGAAGAGUCUAGCAUGGAGACGUCACUGCGGCGCUGCCUGUCCACACUGGACUUGACUCUACUGGGUGUGGGCGGCAUGGUGGGGUCUGGGCUCUAUGUGCUCACAGGCACAGUGGCCAAGGACAUGGCUGGCCCAGCUGUGCUGUUGUCGUUUUUGGUAGCUGCUGUAGCCUCCCUGCUGGCAGCCCUAUGCUAUGCGGAAUUUGGAGCCCGUGUGCCCCGUACCGGCUCUGCGUACUUGUUCACCUAUGUGUCCAUGGGUGAAAUAUGGGCAUUCCUCAUAGGCUGGAAUGUGCUUCUGGAAUACCUCAUUGGAGGUGCUGCUGUGGCCCGUGCCUGGAGUGGCUAUUUGGAUGCCAUCUUUAACCACAGCAUUCGCAACUUCACAGAGUCUCACAUGGGUGUCUGGCAGAUGCCCUUCCUUGCCCAUUAUCCAGAUUUUCUGGCUGCUGGCAUUUUACUUGUGGCUUCCGCCUUUGUCUCAUGUGGAGCCCGAGUCUCUUCCUGGCUCAACCACACGUUCUCAGCCAUCAGUAUGAUCGUCAUCCUUCUCAUUAUCAUCUUGGGUUUCAUCCUGGCCCGCCCUCACAACUGGAGCGCAGAAGAGGGUGGUUUUGCGCCCUUCGGCUUCUCUGGCAUCCUGGCGGGCACAGCCACCUGUUUCUAUGCCUUUGUGGGCUUUGAUGUCAUUGCUGCUUCCAGUGAGGAGGCAAAAAACCCACGGUGGGCUGUGCCCAUGGCCAUCGCCAUUUCCCUUGGCCUGGCGGCCGGCGCCUAUAUUCUGGUCUCCACCGUGCUGACCCUCAUGGUGCCUUGGCACAGUCUGGACCCUGACUCGGCUCUUGCCGACGCUUUCUACAGGCGGGGCUACAGCUGGGCUGGCUUCAUUGUGGCAGUUGGCUCCAUCUGUGCCAUGAAUACCGUCCUGCUCAGCAACCUCUUCUCCCUGCCUCGAAUUGUCUAUGCCAUGGCCGCCGACGGGCUCUUCUUCCAGAUGUUUGCCCGUGUGCACCCCCGGACGCAGGUGCCUGUGGUGGGAAUCCUGGUGUUUGGAGUCCUCAUGGCUCUCCUGGCACUGCUGCUGGACCUUGAGGCAUUGGUCCAGUUCCUAUCCAUCGGCACCCUGCUGGCCUAUACCUUUGUAGCCACCAGCAUCAUUGUGUUGCGUUUCCAGAAAGUUUCUCCUCCCAGCUCCCCAUGCUUAGCUAGCCCUGGCCACACAGCUAAGAAGUAUGACUCCUUCUCGGACCACAUACAGCUAGUAGGUGGUACACAGAACUCCAUGUCUGAGCCUGGUCAGCUACGGCCAGCCCUGAAGCCCUUCCUAGGUUUCCUGAAUGGCUGCCGCCCUGGAACUGCUGUGGCAUGGGCGCUUGGCAUCUUGGUAGCCUCUGCUAUCUCCCUGGCGUGUGUGCUGGUCUUCGGGAACUCAGACCUGCACCUCCCACGGUGGGGCUAUGUCCUGCUGCUGGUCGUCAGUGGCUCUGUCUUUCUAUUCAGCCUCCUGGUCCUGGGGGCUCACAAUACUCAAAGCUCAGCCUCACCCUUGCACCCUCAGAUCCCUUUGGUGCCCCUGACUCCAGCCCUGAGUAUCCUUCUCAACAUUUGCCUCAUGCUGAAGCUGAGCUACCUGACCUGGCUGCGCUUUAUCUUCUGGCUGCUGGUUGGACUUGUCGUGUAUUUUGGCUACGGCGUCUGGCACAGCAAGGAGAACCAGAGGGAGCCAUUGGAGCUGACUACUGCACACUAUGUGGUAUUCCCCAGCAGCAGCCUGGAGGAAACAGUGCAAGCUGUGCAGCCUGCUGGCCAGGCUGCAGUCCAGGAGUCAGCCUGUGCAGAGUAGCUGGCCAGUCUGUGAGGCUGACUCAGAGGGCCCCACAUUGCCCACACGCAGAGGCCAGAAGAAUUGGCAGCUGCCUGCCCAAGGAAGCUUGGAU